GGGGCAGGGGAGGGGCUCUGACGUCAGGGAUGAGGGGGAGCCCCCACUCAGACCAGCCUUCACCCUGGCAGGGCGGAUGGACGGGCAGGAGCCCUUCUGGGGGGCAGCAAGCGGGCGCCUGCAAUCCAGGAGGAUGGAGGCCUCGUGCUUGGAAUUAGCUCUGGAAGGGGAGCGGGCGUGCAAGGCAGGAGAUUUCCCUUCCGGAGCCGCCUUCUUCGAACACGCAGUCCAGGUGGGGACGGAGGAUCUGAAGACCCUCAGCGCCAUUUACAGCCAACUGGGCAAUGCCUACUUCUAUCUGAAGGACUAUGCCAAAGCUUUGGAGUACCAUAAGCACGAUCUCACGCUGGCCAGAACCAUCGGGGAUCGGAUCGGAGAGGGCAAAGCCAGCGGCAAUCUUGGCAACACGCUGAAAAUCCUGGGUCAGUUCGACGAAGCCUUGGUUUGUUGCCAGAGGCAUCUGGACAUCUCGCAGGAGCAAGGAGACAAGGUGGGGGAGGCCCGAGCUCUGUAUAACAUCGGCAAUGUCUACCAUGCCAAAGGCAAGGAGGCAUUGUGGACCCUGCCCCAGGAGGAACCAGGCCAGCUUCCCCAGGAGAUUCAGGAGGCUCUGAAAAAGGCAUCCGAAUUUUACAAGAAGAACCUUUCCCUCGUGAAGGAGUUAGCUGACAGAGCUGCGCAGGGCCGGGCUUACGGAAACCUUGGCAAUGCCCACUACCUGAUGGGCAACUUCAGCAAAGCGAUCGUCUUCCAUAAGCAGCGGCUGAACAUCGCUAAGGAAUUUGGAGACAGAGCCGCCGAGAGGAGAGCGUACAGCAAUUUGGCCAACGCUCAUAUCUUCCUGGGAAGCUUCGAUAUUGCCGCAGAGUAUUACAAGAAAACCCUCCACCUCUCCAGGCAGCUGAAGGACCAAACCGUGGAAGCCCAGACAUGCUACAGUCUUGGAAACACGUACACCCUUCUUGAAGACUACGAGAAGGCUGUGGAAUACCACCUGAAGCACCUGGCCAUUGCCCAGGAGCUUGGAGACAGAGUGGGAGAAGGAAGAGCGUGCUGGAGUUUGGAGAAUGCUUAUGUUUCACUUGGGAAGUAUGAACAGGCAUUACACUUUGCAGAAAAACAUCUCGAAAUCUCCCAAGAGAUUGGGGACCCCACUGGCGAGGUGACAGCAUGCACAAGCAUUGAACAGCUGCGAUCGACGUUGGGCUCGGAGCAGAGCAGUGAGGGGACUGAUGCCUCGGUUUCUGCCGGAUAUGAAAUCCAAGGCGCCAGGCCAAAGUGGGCCCAAGCAAACAGCAUGAGCAACCUGGAGCUCCUGAGGUUCCCUUCUGAAAAGGAUCAGAAUGGAGAGACCCUUCAUUUAGGAGACCUUGGAAUAACUGGGAAAGAUUCCUUGCCUUCCUCUGCUAGCUCCCAUAAAUAUCGGCAAAACCCCUCAUUGUUGGAGGGUUACGGUGAAUCUCCUCUGGAAGCCAGUGACGUCCAAGUCCAGUUAUCCCAGCUGAAAAUCAAGCGAGGCCCUUCCAGCGAGGACUGCUUCUUUCACCUCCUGAGCAAAUUCCAGAGCAAUCGGAUGGAAGACCAGAGGUGUCCUUUGGAGGACUCCCAGAGGGAUGAAGCAGCAGCUACCCUUCUCCCUGCCCUGGAAGAAACACAGACUCAGUCCAUGGCCUCCCCGCAGACCGAGGAGCUCUUCGACCUCAUUGCCAGCUCCCAGAGCCGGCGGCUCGAUGACCAGAGGGCCAGCGUGGGGAAUCUGCCCGGCCUCCGCAUCACGCCCAGCAACCUCGGUCACCUCCGCAUGGACGGCGAGGCCCAGGAACCUGGCGACGAAUUCUUCAACAUGCUGAUGAAAUGCCAGUCCUCCCGCCUGGAUGACCAGCGCUGUGCCCCGCCCCAUUCCAUCCCCCGUGGCCCCACGGUGCCCGACGAGGAUUUCUUCAGCCUCAUCCAGCGGGUCCAAGCCAAGCGCAUGGAUGAGCAGAGGGUGGACCUGGCUUCCGGCGAAGAAGACCAAGCUGAGGAUUGAGCUCAGAUCACCAGCAAAGGCCCAGCUUCAGUUAGGCCAGAGCAAGCGUCCUGCGGAGGGAGGGACUUCUGAAUGCUGCCCCCAGCUGAAGAUCUGGGCCGUGGCGCUCGGUGCAUUUCUGGGGGUGGGCAAUGCCUCUCUUGUGCACUGUCUCCCCCUGGAGAACAUGGCACAGGCGAGAGUGGCAAGCAGAAUGGGUGGGCCCUUUCUGCUGACCAAGAGGCCUGUGGGCCAACUGGGCGAGAUCGGCAACUAUGAGGCAUCUUCUCUGCUUGAACAUCAGCUAUGAAAACCAGGCUCAAGAACUGAGGAAAGGGAAGGUCUGCACCAAGGAGUCUGGAUCAGGGCCACGCCCCAAGGGGCUGCUGGAGGGAGGGGUUGACACCUCCACCCCCCACCCUGAAAGUCAGGUUGACUCUGCCUCUUUAGGCCCGGAUCCUGUGCCAAAUCAUCAGCAGCCAAGUUGGGUAUAUGAAUUGAUGACAAUCAGUGACUCUGUGUGUCUGUGUGCAAACCUUGCUUUCGAAAUAUGCUUUUGGGUGCCCUUUUAUCUCAGGUGCAAUCUGAUGCUGGUUGGAAAGGUGCUAGGCAGGAGACAGAGGGAAGCAAACAUCCAGAGCCAGGAUGUAAGGUUUCGGUUAAUUGGGUGGAAAUCGGGUGGAACCCAUGAUUACAAAUGGCCUUUGACUUAUGACCGCAGUUGAGUUCAGAAUCGUGUCAGGUGGCCGAUUUGCUCAGCGACUGCUGGCUCCUGGCUCUCCCAGUUGUAGUGCUUGGACAGGUUAUUAAGCAGAGCUGGGGAGGGGGCUCAUGGGGUGGGGGAGAUCCAGUGCAGGCUAUAAGGCUGUCCAGUAUGCAGAAAUCUUCCGCAGGCUACAGGGCCCACUUGGCUGAUCCGGCACCACUUGUAAAUUACUCCACUCCAAAGUGACAAUAAAAUCAUUCUAAGUCUAGUUCUCUCACCUUUAGUAUUCUGCAUCUCUAUAGAAACACGGUAGAUGGGUGGGGGUAGUUGCCCCAGUUCUUAAAGCAAGGUGGGACGUGAUCAUUUUGCUUGAGCCUCGGUGGCGCAGUGGUUAGAGUGCGGUACUGCAGGCUCCUGCUGCUGCCUUCCGGCUGCCUGCAAUUUGGCAGUUCAAGUCUCACCAGGCUCAAGGUUGACUCAUCAGCCUUCCGUCCUUCCGAGGUGGGUAAAAUGAGGACCCAGAUUGUUGGGGGCAAGAGGAUGAUUCUGUAAACCGUUUAGAGAGGGCUGUGAAGCGGUAGAGAAGUCUAAGGGCUCCUACUUGUUAAGAUCCUUAAGUGGAUUGAAUCCCAGGUUAGAUGUGCCAGGAAGGCUGGGGAAAUCCUGGGGUGCCCGAGGCAGGCUGUGCAGGAUGGCAGAUGCUACAGUGCAUCACAAAGUUUGUGUCCAGCCCACUAGGAUUGGGAGGUAGGCCUGUUAUCACACAAAAGUCUCUCGUUUUGCCAUUCCUUUCCUAUUACCGUCAGGCGUGCCCAGCCUGUGUGUGGCAAGGUCUUCUUACUGAGGCUGCCUUGCGCUGCUCUCCAAGUGGUCUCCAUUGCCAUGAUCCUUCAGAAGUUCUUGGAGUUUUGCAUGCUCAUUUCGUGGGCCAGAGGAGGGGCAGGUGGGGAAGCUGCAGUGCCCUUGUGGGCAGUCAUAAGGUCAGGCAGAGUGCGGAGUGUUGAAUUUUCCUUACGUGGCCCCAGGAGCCAUGGGCAUAACCUCAGGGACGGGUUAUGUCCCUUCAUUCAGGACUGCCAUAACGAAUGGUUAAAUGCGGGCUACCUCUAUAGCUAUUGCGGCCAUCACAAAAAUAAUAUUUUUAGUAACCCAUUGAAGGAUUUUCAGGCAAAACAAUAAAAGUUUUUAGGCAGAUUCUGGCCCUCUUUUAAUCUGGUUUCCUUGAAGGUAGAGAGGUUUUGUGUUUUUUUCCUUUGCUUAUCGUGGACUGUUGGUUUGGAGUUUAUUCCUCAAUUUAAUCCGCAGCUGUGGAAUUAGACAAAGUUUGUUGCCGUUUCCAUGGCUCCCCUAUUUCUCCUGGUUCCCCUAUUUGUGUGGUACUUUCAAAACUCCUGCUUUUUGAAGAGAUAUUCUAUGGUUCCCCCCCCCCCGCCCUCCAUCAAAAUCAGGAGCUGGGUUGCAUGCUGCAGCUCCUGAAACCAUCUGCCUUUUCAUAAAACACGUUGGCUACAAUAGAUGCUCCCCAACUUCUGAUUCUUUUGCCUUUUGAACAUCUCAGCAAGAUUGGAAAACCUGUCAAGAAACGCCAAGGUCCCCAGUGUGUUUUCGAUCCUCUCUAGUCUGGUCUCUUUGCUGCCGCCCAGAACUGUCCCGAACUGCAGACCAAGACCACAGAAAAGGUUGAGAAGGGAGACCCCGAUAACCCCACGGUCCUAGACCUGGACCAGAUCAAGGAAGCCUUUGCCCAAUGGGAACCAGUCCAGGCCAUAUGCACAACUCAGUGAACCCAGCUGGCUGUGUUUUAAGGGUGCCUUUCCCCCCCAAAAAAAACCUAUGAGGGAGCCUCCCACCGUCGGGAGGAAAAGGGCCCUUCAUGCAACCUGUAUCUUGAGCCAAAGGAUCCGGGCUCUUGGUGGAGGAGAAGCCCAUCACUUGUGGUCAUGGGAACCCAACUGCAGCAGCUCAGAAACCCUGACAACUACAGGGAAGGGCUGGCUCUGCUUCCCUGUCUCCAUCCCGUCCAUCGAAUGGCCAGCUUGAUGAACGGAAGGACCGAGAUGGGGGAUUGUUCACCUUGCUGGUUGAGAAUAUCCCAAAUUGUCUCCUCAGCAAAAGCAUCUUUGAUCGCAUCCUACAAAGCCUCCAGUGGUAGAGGACGUGCCCUGAGGGUUCAAAGGGUCCCAAAUCCCCCUUUCUGGGCAUAGCCACACCCGGAAAGCCUUUCUCCUCAGAGUCCGUGGGCAGUGAGGGAGACGUGGCGGCUGCUGGGGCAAACAGCCCCACCCUUUGCUUCAUGCCACAGUAAGGGUCUCCGUGCCGCGAGGCCAAAGCCCCACUCCGCUUCUCUGCUGCAGAGGGGAAGGUCAGCUGGUGGAGAAGGCCAGGCCCUUCCCUUCCUCCAGGCUGGGGCAGAGCAGGAGAAGAAAAGCUGUUGCAGGGAUCACCUUGGCUGCUAUACUUGAAGGUAUUGCUAAUUUAUUGUUUUUGAAGUGUGUCUCUUGUGAUUUGUGGGAAGGGCAGGUGGGGAAAGGAAGCAAAGAGUUUGAAUUCUUUCCCUUCCCUCUGAGAAGUCAAAGAGCUGCCAAAUUCAUUCGAAAGAACAGAGAUCUUGGAGUAGAGAGAGAAAAUAAAGUUGUUGAAUAAGC